AUGGCUCCGAACCAACCCCGCCGCCGAAACGACAACUCUUCUGCGUCCGCCAACGCCCCCUCCAAUCCAACCCACCCCCCUUCAUCGCGCCCGCCCGCCACCUCUGCUUCUCGUCCGCGCCGCGCCCCGAACCGUAGGGCUGCCGCUCACAAGCCCGCCGUAACCGGCACCACCGCCCAGCCCGCCGUCGAAGAGCCCGCGGGUAGCGUGUGUACCAUCUGCGCCAACGUCGCGCGCGACUGGGCGGUCGGCAACUGCCCGCAUGUCGUGUGCGGGGACUGCUCGCAUCGCAUGCGCGUCCUCUACGACCGCAAGGCAUGCGUCAUGUGCCAGGUCGACUUGCGUCAGGUCGUCGUCGUGCCAGUGCGUGUCUACCACGAGGGCAUGUCGUUUGAUGAUGCCGUUGCGCUCCCCGGCGCCUUUCAGGAUAAGCCUGUCCAGAUGUGGUUCAUUGAAAGGACGAGACAUCAGCAACUGAAGAACUUUCGAGGCUGGAAGUGCUCGCAUAAGCAUUGCAAUGCGAAGGGGGGGCAGGAAUCUGUGUUUGCAAAUGCGACCCAGCUUAGGGCCCAUGCGAAAACGGAGCAUAACGCCUUGUAUUGCGAAACGUGCUUUUCAGGGAAGAAGAACUUUGUGUCGGAGAUCCAGUUGUACCCUUUGGAUGCGCAUAAGAAGUUUAGCUCCAGGUUGAAGGAUCAUUUGAGGAAAAAUCAUCCGCAAUGUAGGUUCUGUCGGCGGUACUAUUUGGACGAUGAGAAGUUGUACGCACACUUGCAGGAACAGCAUGAGGCUUGCAGGAUGUGCGAGCGCAACGGCAGAAUGCAUGAGUACUACCUCAACUUCCAAGAACUGGAAAAGCACUAUAGAAAGGAGCACUACACAUGUCCUCAUGAAGGCUGUCGCGGUGAGGUUUUUGCCACGCACAUUGAGCUUCAAGCGCAUGAGCAUACGAGGCACAGUGACAAUACACGUGGUGCACGCCCUCGUGCUCUCACCGUCAACUUGCAACAACUGCACGGAGAGCGUGACCCUCGCCGAAGACGUGCGGACACGCCACAGGAUCUCCGGCGAGAACAAACAAGACAGGCGGCACGUCGACGAGCGUUUUUGUCGUCAAAUGUCGUCUUUUCCGGCGCUCUCAACUUUGGCGAUAGUCCUGUCCCGGCGCCCAUCGAGGAAACGCAAAGCACCGCAGCGUCACGCUCGGGACCAGGCUCACGCCCAUCUGCAUCUAGUGCUCGUUCCUCAACCAACGCAAGGAGUGCUCCCGUACAAGUUCGAAGACCAGACGACGGUCACUUCCACGAGCUUGAUCAGCCCCAGGACGAAGAAGAAAGGGAAGCCCGGAAACUUCUUCUAACCAAGACGAUGAGGUCAUUGGUUGACCCAGCGGCGUAUGAACAGUUUCGAUUAUCGUCCGGUCAAUUUCAGAGUGGCCAGAUAUCCGCAGAGGCGUACUUCGAGGCGGCUACAGAUGCUUUCGGAGUCCGAUCUGCCGUCAGAGAUAUUUUACCGGAGUUGGUCGCCUUGCUUCCUGAGCUGGUGCUCAGAGAGCCUUUGAGGCAAGUUUGCUACAGGAAAACAGACACGAAACUUAGUUACUCUGGCAAUAGCGCAGGACCUAGUGACGCUGCCAAUGCGGCGACAGGCGAAGAUGAACAAUUCCCUUCCUUGACCGGGGCACCUGUUCCGCGGGCCGCGCCAAAGCCGGUAAGGCGCUUCGGAAUGCCGGGGCCUGAAGCUUUUCCGCGACUCGGCCGCGUGAACAAACCCCAAGGAAACGCCUCCUCGUCUUCUUCAACCCAGGCGGCCAGACCGGUGGACAUUAUUCCAACGCGACAAUCUGCACCACAGACCAUGAGGCAACCAGCACAGCCUGCCAACGCCAAGACAGCAGUUUCGGUUUUGUUAAAAGCACCGCCUUCGCACGCCAGAAUAGGUCAACAGCAGGGAAUCUCCGCAGUUCGGGGGGCUAACAAUGCUCCAGGGCCGCACUUCUCCUCUGGUUCGUUCCCGGCGCUAGGCCCUGUGGGAAAUUCAGCUCCAGCAUCGGCUUCAGGAAGAGCAAAUCGCGUUGCAGAUGGCGCUGGCAGCAGCAGCAGUAACGCUCCGAAUCCAGAUGUCGCGAUGAGGGUUGGUGCGGUGUGGGGAGGAGUAUCUGCAAAUGCUCACAAUGGCGGGGGGAAAAAGCGGGGUCCCGGGAAAGGGAACGGACGUCGGCCAGCAUCCCCACCGAAAAGAACAAUUCUUACCACGAACGACAUCCCAGAUAUCAGAGCCAGCGGUGGUGCUGGCAACUCGUCUUCCGCGGGUGACGAUGCGGAUCGACAACCGAGUGGGACUGAACCCGCGGUUGUUGAUAUUUUGCAAGUCGCCAAAGCUCGGCGAAGUGCUUUGCAAAAAAGCAGUUUACCAAAAGUUGGCGGCAGUGGGUAUGGAUUUGCAUGGGAUCGCAAGAGGGCUCAGCAGAAGCGAAAACAAAUCAAGGAUGACGCAAAUCAAUCGUCUGGAGGAUAAAAGUGACGCUUGCAAUAGAGUGUCCUUCUGCAUGGUUUUGACACAUGUCAGGAGAGGCGAAAGGCAGUGCAAAGUCUAUUGAGCAGUGCCGAUGCGCGACUUUCGUACUUUGGGAGUCUGAGGGUGGAUGCACAGUAGGAGCGACGUACUUCUAGUCACGUAGACGUGCAAAUCCGGUACAACAAAGUAAACUGCACUCUAGAACGGUCUCCUUCCA